AUGGAACAGAAUCGUUUUAGUAAUUCACCUAUUGCUUUUGACCGGUCAUGCCAGCCUUAUAAUAGGACUAAGGAAAGUAGACCGAAGUUACCAUUAUCUCGUAAAUCAUCUUGCUCUGACCUUUCACCGUCAUUUUAUACCAAACGUCAGAAUUUGAAAGCUGCUGGACCUCUGGAUGCCAUCACUGCAGCUCGAUUACCACACUUGGUAAAUCCUAAUACCAGUCUGCAAUCAUCUCUAUACCAAACACCUCUAUACCAGGCCUCCAAUGUGUCGCUGGCCAGCAGUACCUUUUCUAAAUCAUCUUACAAAACAUGCUAUUCGCCCAGUUAUACCCCUUCGCGACAAGGGUCUCAAGUUUCGCGGACUUCAUCACAAGCUACAGUGAUUCAUACCCCAAUGAUAAAGAAAAACAAGUCGCAGAUACUAAGAGUUGGAAACAAUGCAAGAAGAGCAUCGGGUACUUCCUCAUGGUGGGACGCAACGACAAUGGUCGAGGACCUUUUUUCUGAAAAGUACAUGACGCCGAUACACAAUGAUACCCUAAAAGAAGAAUGGGACGAAAAAUACCCGAAAGAAAGUAGAGGAAAUCAAAACGAUUUUACACAGGUAUUCAAGGCAGUGGGUUUAGCACGUAAGGCUGCGGCUUCUGCUGAGCAUACUGCUCGCAUGCUCAAGGCACGCAACGAACAGCUGGAACAAGACUUUAGACUUUUGUUUGCACAAUAUACCCAUGCAUUAGAUACUCUUGCGCUAGAAGCCGCUGGUGAGAAGGCAGAUCAAGUGAAACGGUUGCCCUCUAUUGCUCCAACAAGUGCACGCGCCAUGAUUUCACGAAUCGAGGGCAGGCAUCGGAUCCGGUUGCCGCCUCCGGGCGGGGUACCCAAAAGCGGGAAAAAUUUACAAUACGGCUGCGUCUCUAGAGACAACAGCGGUAUGGCUACUAUUGUGGCUACGCCGAGAAGAAGUGCUGCUAAAAGAAGAGCGAUGGGACGCAGGGUAGAAGAGUUGUAUGCGUUACCAGAUCGCAUUGAUGGCAAGAGGAGACCACUCAUGUCCAAAUCACGUGCCUAUGUUCCAUGGGGGUUUUCGGCUGAUGAGCUGGAGGAAGAAGCAGCUCGGCGUCACCAUCAGCAGAAACGAGAGGAUAAUACGGGAUCUUUUGUGGGUGGGAAUGGGAAUGAAUCUUGGGAGUAUCCGUUAGAAAAAACGUGUCCUGUGGAAUUUUCGCAACGAAGACGAAAAGAAUUAGAAGAAAAUGAAAAUGAAAACGAAAACGAAAACGAAAACGAAAAAAAGGAAAAGCAGUUGGUGAAAAUAAAAAAGAAGGAUGAAAAGCGACAGCAGCAAGCAGUGAUGCAGAUGGUGCGAACAACGAGCUACAUGUCGUUUUUAGACAUGAAGCCUGGGCAGUCUGUAAAUGUUUGUGGAUUAGCUGAAAGUAAUUGCAACAACAAAAACAACAGCAAUAGCAAUAGCAAUGAGCUUAGGCAAUGUUUUUGGCGACGAAUGCGACGCGUGGCUGUUUGCGUUUGGCCAUGGCGGAGACAGAGAAGACGUCAACAGAGGGAUUUGGCAGUGCUAAGGAAGGUGAAAGAAAAGGAAAAGGAGCGACGGGUUUCUUCGUUUUACAUGCGAAGUUGGUGA